AUGAUGAUGACGUGCCGUCUGCUGUGCGCCCUGUUGGUGCUCGCUCUGUGCUGCUGUCCUUACGUGUGCGCGACGGAGCCUCUGACGGCGGGGGAUCCUGCCGAGGCGACCAUGACGGCUGGACCGAAUGGAAAAGACACCAGCUCAGCUACCGGAGCACCGGAGUUAACAGGUCAGGAGACCGUUGAGCAAGCCCAAGCUUCCGUCCAGACGACCACGAAGAAUGAAGAUAAAGCUAACACAAACGGCGCCAUUUCACCGCGUCUUUCACCAGAGGCAGUAGUACAGGAGGCCGUUCAGUCAAAUCUGCCAAUUCUGGGGUCCGAUGAGGAACCGGGAAUUACUGCUGUAGGUGGAGGAGGUCUAACCGGUCCGGAACAGCCAAAAGAUAAGAAUGGUACGACAGGAGGUAAGAACGAUACGACGGUAUCACUAAGUAGCACGAAACCAUCCACAGAACAAUCAAAUCAGGAAGCUGAAGAUCCUUCCAAGACGACCACGACCACGACCACAAAGGCACCAAGUACCACGACUACAGAGGCGCCAACCACGACCACCACCCGCGCACCGUCACGUCUUCGUGAAAUCGACGGCAGCCUCAGCAGCUCUGCGUGGGUGUGUGCCCCGCUGCUGCUCGCCGCAUCCGCGCUGGCGUACACCGCUGUGGGCUGA